AUGCCUCUAGCAGUUGCCGCGGUAGCGACCAUCUGUGUUGCUUUCUUAGUUUACCAUGUUUGCUGGGCACUGUUCUUCGGCCCUCUAGCAAAAGUCCCAGGGCCCAAGCCAUUCUCACUGACUGGCCUAAGACUCGGCAAGGAGGACUUCCAAGGUACACGCACGCGGACAAUCCAUCGUCUUCAUCAACAAUACGGCCCAGUUGUGCGCGUGGGUCCCAACGAGGUCUCGUUCAAUUCCCUGACAGCCUUGCGCCAGAUCUAUGGGGCCGGUAGUCCCUUCGGACGUCCGCCUGCGUUUUACCGCAUGUUUGAUGUGUACGGGCAGGCACACCUGUUUACAUUUUACUCCUCGGUCGAGCAUGCGGCUCGGAAGAAGAUCAUGAGCCAAAUGUAUUCUAAAUCAACCGUUCUGAAAAGUCCGGUCGCCGACUCGAUUCAAUCAAAGGCCAAGGAGUUCACAGAUUUGAUCGAGUCGGAUCCGCAGACGGCGUCAAAUCUGGUCAAGAGCUUGCAUUUUUUUUCCCUGGACAACAUUACGUGGAUAACUUUCGGAGAACGCGGAGGCACAUCGGCUCUGGCGGGCGACGUGGUGGAUAGGCAGAUCCUGAGUGACAUUGACGAACCCACCGCGCGCAGAUAUUCAUGGUUCCAAAUACAUCUGCCACGGUAUACACGCCUGGUCAUGUCCUGCGGCUCGCAUCUAAGAUCGAUCCUCGAUGUGCUCAGCCUCCUCCCAGGAAAAAGGCCGUUGGCGUAUAGCGGGCUUCAAGACUAUGCUUUGGCGACCUUUGAUACCCAUCGACAGGACAAAACCUUGGUGCCAACAGGCGACUGUGGUCUCAUGAUGAGAUUGAUGCAUGAACAAGGCAGCAAUUCUUGGAAAACACCCAUCUCUGACAUGGACAUCGCCGCAGAAUGCGCCGACCAUCUUGAUGCCGGGCUCAAGACAACAAGCGAUACAUUGAUGUUUGCUCUAUGGGCACUAUCGCUCCCAGGACGCCGACACUAUCAACAACGUCUUAUAGCAGAAGUGAAGGACAUGGAAUCCGUUCUGGCAGGCAACGGAUCGAUUUUGCCAGCAGAUGUAUGCGACCGGCUGCCUUUUCUCGAUGCCGUGAUCAAAGAAACAUUGCGUUUAUAUGCUCCUAUUCCAGCAUCCCAGCCCCGGACCAGCACUCGGGAUACCACAAUCGACGGCUACUACAUUCCUGCCGGGACAAUCGUCAGCUGCCAGGCGUUUUCCCUCCAUCGGAACCCCGAAGUCUUCCCAGAUCCUAACACCUUCAAACCCGAUCGAUGGCUGGCAGGCGAUGCAGAGACAGCUGAGAUAAAACGCUGGUGGUGGCCCUUUUCUAGCGGGGCAAGAAUGUGUCUUGGAAUGCACUUGGCGCUUGCAGAAAUGAAGACAUUGUUGGCAGCUAUCUAUCAGACAUACUCGACAACGCUGAGCCCGGAGUUUGAGAAGUUGUCGCCGACUGCGACUAGCCGGUUUGAAUUGGUGUAUGAUGACUCGUUUCCUAUUCUUGAGGGCAAGGAAUGCCGUGUCAGAUUCGAGAAGCGAUGGUUGAGUUAA